ACAACACCUGAAUUCAAGGAUUUAGAGGGGUGUCCCAAAACUUUUGGCAAUUUAGUGUAGCUGUUUCCUGUGUCCAGAGUUUCAUGUGUUAAUAAUCCAGUGGCUUGUGAAGCCACAGCAUUGUUUUGGUUGCAUGCAGUGACACAGAAGCAACUAAUGAACCGCUUAACUUCACACGAGCUGAUAAACAAACAGAGUGGAGAAGUCGUUCAAUUCAUGUGCAGUCACUAGGUGAACACACACACACACACACACACACACACAAUGACUCACCUGGCCAUCUCAGACAGUCCCAGUUUUCCAUCACCGUUCAAGUCAAACAUCUUCAGCUGUAUAUGAAACAUAACAGUAAAUCAUUUUACACUGUGUGUGUGUGUGUGUGUGUGUUAAAUCAUACACAAAUGUGUUGUUGAAUUUGCUUAACCAAAAUGACUACAUUUCAAACUCCCGGACUACAGUUCUCCCAUGAUCCUCAGCAUACGUGAUCUCAUCACAUGAUUUCCAGUCAAGCUCCUACCCACAUUCAGACUCAUCUGAUUACUGAUGACACUCACCGGUUCAUCAGCGUCUUGCUCUAGUGUUUGUUAUCUUCCUGGUCUGAUUAGUGUUCUAGGUGUUUACCUGCUCAUGUAGGUGGUUAAGGUACUAACAUGUGAUCAUCUGGCUGGGUCAGGAAACAUCAUUUGAUGAUCUUCAUGUCUGUUUGGAUGGAGAUUCCCGUUAUGCUGGAGAGAGAGUGACAGCCAGUGAUUCAGCUGUUCAGACAUCUAGAGGAAGUUCAUUCCACCACCUUGGGGAUCUCAGGCCUUCCUUGCACUGAGAGAUGGUUUGACCUGUGGAGCUGAGGGAGUGUGGUUCAGUGAUAAGAGCUUUGAGGUGCCAUGAUGAGGAGAUCAUAAGGAGGUCUUAAUCACUUCACCAGUGGUCCAAAGGAAUAAACUGGGAGCAAGAAGAAAAUGAAUUCAUCAAAAUCGAAGAGAAAAGAAAAAAGGAAAAAGAAAAAAAUGGCAAAUGCGUCUUCUGGUAACAGAACAACUUCUGAGGAAACCUCAGAAAUCCACCAGGCCCUUUUUACUCACUCCAGCCCAGCUUUCCAGUGGGCGUCUCUGUUUGACCAAGAACACAGUCAGGAGGAACUGGAAGAAAUGUUGACUACCAAACCUCACGAGUUCAAACGCUGUAAACUUAAAAUGGAGAGAUAUGAUCUGGCUUAUGCCAAACCUCGCGAUGAUCCAACAUCUAUCAUCUGCAUCAGUGGAAGCGAUGUGGGUAGAUCUUUUCCUGGGGAUGAGGUUUGCGUAAAGAUCCUGAGCAGAGAACUUCAGCCACAUCAAGGUGAAAUACUGAAAGGGAAGGUCGUAGGUUUGAUGGAACGAUCGGAAAAAUGCUGUACCAUUAUCUGUAGGAUGGAGGGAAAUAAACAACUAGUUACUCCUGUCAAAAGAAACAUGACGCAGAUUUGCAUCCUUCAAAAAAAGCCGGACAAAGUGGAAAUACGAAAGGUCAAUCCCCAGAGUGAUUACUGGUACACAAAGGAAUAUGUCAACAUAACUGAGGAUCAACUGUUAGUUGUCAGAGUACUGAAAUGGCAAAAGGAUCGUAGGUAUCCUCUUGGAGUGGUUACAAAAGUUAUCCCCAAGAAAGACUAUUUAAAUGAAUUCCUGAAAAUAGAACGUGGCAUCGAAGGCACCCCUCCCUCUUUUCAACCAAGAUGUGAACAAAAUGAAUCUGAAAUCAGAAUGGAUUUCUGCGAAUACUUUACUUUUACCAUAGAUUCCCCUGACACAAGAGACUUGGAUGAUGCCUUUAGUCUGAGUGACGAGGGAGAAAACUAUAUGAUUGCUAUUCACGUGACUGAUGUAGCAAGUUACAUUAGGAAAGACAGUAAGGAGGAUCAAUUUGCAAAAAAGCAAGGCAGGACAAUUUACAAUUUCACUGAAAGUGGUGAAACUCUUUUCAUGUUUUCCAGAGAGGCAAGCGAACAACACUUAAGCCUACGCUGGGGUGAGGUCCGAAAGGCCAUAUCCUUGGUAACAAUAGUCAACAAGGCCACCAAAAUGAUAGAAUCCAGCUCUUUUACUCUUUCUGACAUCAGGUCUCACAAACGGCUAACAUAUGGUGAGGUAAACAAGAUAAUUGAAAGUUUGGAUGAUAAUGAGGCACCUCUUGAUUUUACCCCUGAAGAAAACUGUGUUGCUGUGGUCUACUGUUUUUCCAAAGUGCUAAGGAAGUUCAGGUUGGAAGGGAGCUGGAGCAGCGGACAAAGAAAAGGAAAAGGUAGAGCCGAGUGCAUGGUGGAAGAGCUGAUGUGUUUCUACAACAAUGCAGUGGCUGAAGAACUCAUCACCAAAGACCUAACAAGAGAUCUCACCCCACUAAGAUGCCACUUCAAGCCAGAUCCUAUACUGUUGGAGCAGUUCAAAAGAAGAUACGCUAGUUUUCUACCCUUCUCUUCUUAUCACUCACAAAUCUGUGAUGUUUCAGAGGCAGCGUUUGACAAAACCAGUGAAGUGCCAUUCAUUUAUGUCCUUACUCCUGUGUUCCAGAAAAUGAAAGCUUUGGCAAAGAAAGAUUACCACAAGCUGGUUCAUCUUAUUAUAUCAGAUGAAAUCCACCCUACACUACGACACAUGGCAAAUGAAUUCAAGGAAAUUCAGAAAAAAGCCGUCAUCCUGAGGUCAUGCUCCAAUUUGUCCUCAAAAUUAGGACAUUUUGACUUGCAGCUUAAUGCAUACACAUGGGCUUCAUCCCCCAUGAGACGCUAUCUAGACCUGAUACUUCAGAGGCUUCUCCACAGUGUGCUCUCUAAAAAGGGCCGGUUAGAUUUGGAUUACACGAAGGCUGAAAUCGAUCAGUUCUGUGAUGAAUGUGAUUGUACCGAGGACUUGGAGUCAUUAACAUUCCUUACAGCCACUAAACCUAGUUCUAGCAACGUGACCAAACUGGCAAUAGUGGGCCAGCUUUCUCCAGGAGCACAUGAAUUUUUUAUCUCGUUUCCUCUUGACGGAAUCCCACAGCUGUUGAUCAAUUACAGACACCUAAAAGUAGUCAAGCAGCCAGAGUACAAAGACCAUUCCUGCACUCUUAAGUGGAAAAGAAGAGUAUAUUCAUUUACUGAGAGCAUCAAGCCACAGCACCAGGCAGAGAUCUACAAAAACGUUAUUCCAAUCCCAGUUAAAAACUGGAUGAAAAUGAUAUCUGCAGUUAAAGAUGAAGACUGGGAUAAGGUCAGCGAGUGCCUUCAGGAUGUAAAAGACGAAAAAAACAUCAUAACACCUGGGAAAAUGUCAGAUGAGAAUCAUUAUAAAGAGUGGAACAUGGAACUCAAGUUAGCAGAAGUGCUAAGAGUGCAGCUUGGCACAGAAGUUAUCAAUCAGGUAAAAAUGUCUACAGUAAACCUCCUCACUGUCGACACACGCUUUGAGGUCUGUCUAGAGCAUGCAAGAAACCCAAUCAAGUGUUUCACCACCACAGAUGAAUGUCGGGCAUCAAAAACACACUACUGGCAUUACAAGGAGUACCAGGAAAUUUGGAGUAAACUCUGUCAAAUGGACACUGCUUACAAUGCCGUGGAAGAAAAUAAUAGUGUGAUUCUUGAAGAUGUGAACAUAACGUGGACAGGAAACACAAAUACAUCUCUUAAAGGUUACUUUGAAAUAACACAAACAAAGACAAAACAAUGGUCUCUGGAAUUUAAUCUAACAAACUGUUACCUGUGCAUCAGACUGAGGGAUCAGUGUGCUGAAAAAGAGAAAGAGAAACAAGGAGCAGAAUGCAAUGGCUCUUAUUCUCUCUCUGAUUUGCAGAACACACUGCCCUUUACAUGGGUUGCCCAUGGUGUACCUACUCAAACUGGAACAAAGAAAAAGAAGGAGAAGAAAAAUUUACCAAUCAUCAAAAUACAUUUUGAAAUAAACCACCAGAAUAUGACAAAUUAUCCACCUGAACUUAAAAAGAAGGAAACAAAGUUCACCGUUGAAGUCAUUCCAAAGAAAAUUCCAUACGUGCAAUAUGAGCAUGCGAUAGACAACAUAAAAAAAGCUAAUAACCUGGUGAAAAGUAUCGCAACGGGGACAGUUCACAAUACUUUCGGUCAACCUGAAGAGCUACGUCCAGCGAUUGACCACAUGUAUGAGCAGCUGGACCUGAAUGAAAAGUUAAAUGAAAGUCAGAAAAUGGCAGUGCAGAAUGCUUUAAAAAACCCUUUCACUGUGAUCCAAGGACCACCAGGUACUGGGAAAACUGUGGUCGGGGUUUGUAUCACACAACAAUUCUACAAGAAGAACAAGGUUCUUGAAGAGUAUUGUCCAAGCCAGCCGGCGAGAAAGGAACAUGAUGCAUCUUCAAAUGAAGAAAGGCCAAAGAAGCGUGGUAUCCUGUACUGUGGUCCGUCCAACAAGUCCGUGGAUAUUGUGGCAGAGCAUUUGUUGAACCACAGAAAAGAGCUUAAGCCUCUUCGGAUCUACUGUGAUCAGAUGGAAAUGCGGGAGUUCCCAUAUCCUGGAAGUGCACUAAAGCUCUGUCGCAGAUCCCUCCGUGAUGAGAAACCAAAGAAAGUGCUCAGGGAUAUCUCUCUGAUGUACUUGGUGCGAAAACCUGAAAAUCCCUACUCAGAGGAGAUAAAAGCUUUUGAAAACGGUGAAGAGGAGUUUGUUACUGAAAGGUACAAGACUGCGUUGAAGAAUGCUCAGAAGCAUGAACUCCUGAAGCACGAUGUAAUCUUGUGCACCUGCUCAACUGCUCUAAAACCAAUCCUGACGGAGACCAUGGACUUUCGACAGAUCCUAAUCGAUGAGUGUGCUAUGGCUACAGAACCGGAAGCCUUCAUUCCUUUAGUCUCACAUAAGCCUGAGCAGAUUGUGCUUUUGGGUGACCACAAACAGAUUCGGCCAAUCGUGACAUGUGCCCGUGUGAAGGACCUUGGCAUGGAUAAGUCCCUCUUUGAACGAUAUAUGCAUGAGGCAGUGAUGCUGGACACACAAUACAGAAUGCAUGAGCGUAUCUGUGAGUUCCCCUCAAAUGAAUUUUAUGAAGGGAAACUGAAGACUGGAACUAAGAAAAGGCCCUGCCUUCUGCUUGACAAUAAUGACACCCCAACUGCUAUCCUGUUUGGUCAUGUUGAAGGAGAAGAGGUCAGUUUAGCAGUUUCCACAGUGGCUGGAAAUGAAUAUUCAGCAGACAAUCAACAGGAGGCCGAGCAAGCGGUUCAGGUUGCCAAACUGCUAAUCUGUCAGUCUCGUGUGAAACCAGAGGAUGUUGUCAUUCUGACCCCCUACAAUGCACAGAUGUCUAAAAUCAAGCAGAUGUUGGAGCAGACGGAAAAUCAGGCCAUUAAGGAUGUCAGUGUUUUCACAAUUAUGAAGAGCCAAGGGAGCGAGUGGCGUUAUGUGAUACUCUCCACAGUUCGUUCUUGCCCACUUUCCGAGAUAGAAAAUGAGCCAUACAAAAGCAAAGGCUGGCUGGGGAAGAAACUUGGCUUCAUCACAGACCCAAACCAGGUCAACGUGGCUAUCACACGUGCUCAGGAAGGACUCUGCAUUCUGGGUAAAACAAGAAAGGAAAUAUCCAAAAAAAUAAUAACCAUGAUUCAUGCUGAGACACCAGUACCAGUACAGACAGGAAUCAGGAAGCAGGUCUAUCUAUUUGUACAUUUCUGGCAUUUGCCCUUCCAUCUUAAUUAUACAACUGAGCAGUUGAGGGUUAAGGGCUUUGCUCAAAGGGCCCAGCAGUGGCAGCCUGGUGGUGCUGGGAUUCAAACUGAUCCGUAAUUCAACCACUAAGCUACCACUACCCCACUAAUUUUACUAUCCAGUCUUAUGAUCCAGUCUAUCCACUACAAUAAAAACACAAAACUCACAGAAAUUAUUUCUGUCUUUGGUUUUAACGGGAUCUUCAUGUAACAGAAACAGACAAAAUUAACAAUGAAACCAUAAUAUAAUGUACUUUCUAUGCAUUUAUUACAAAGAUUUCCCAGUAAGUGUAGCAGAUGGGUGCUUGGUCAGCUUAUCCUUCAGCACUGAGACUUCAGUAUGAAUUCUUCUCUACGUAACUUUAAAUAUGACCCUUAUAGAAAUCUUAUUAUAACUCCUUAUAGAACUCUAUCUUUAUCUGUACUGUACUGUUCAAUUAACUAAGGAGGAAGAGACAGGAGUCAGAGCUGGAGGUAGCAGAGCUGAAGAUGUCGAGGUUCUCUUUGGGAGUGACACGGUUGGACAGGAUUAGGAACGAGUACAUCAGAGGGACAGCUCAUGUUGGACGUUUGGGGGACAAAGUUAGGGAGGCCAGAUUAAGAUGGUUUGGACAUGUUCAGAGGAGGGAGAGUGAGUAUAUUGGUAGGAGAAUGUUGGACAUGGAGCUGCCAGGCAGGAGGCAAAGAGGAAGGACAAAGAGGAGGUAUAUGGAUGGAAUAAAUGAGGAUAUGAAGCUAGUGGGUGUAAGAGUUGAGGAUGCAGAUCCAGAUGUCUUAUUUAUAUAAAGUGGAUGGACUGGAGACCAGGGUGUACCCCUGCCUUUUGCCCAGUGUGUGCUGGGAUAGGCUCCAGCAGAUCCCCAUGACCCUAAUUAGGAGCAAAGCAAAAUGGAUGGAUGGAUGG